AUGCAGCAGCAGUUGGAGGUGGCCGACGAGGUGGAGCGGCCGCCGCUGCCGCCAGCGAAGCCCGGGCUCCUCCGCUACAACUCUCCACUGGUGCAGGUGUUCCUAACAGGCCUCGUGUGCUUCUGCAGCGCCGGCAUGUUCAACGCGCUCUCCGGCCUCGGCGGCGCCGGGCAGCUCGACCACACCAUCGCCGACGAUGCCAACACCGCCCUCUAUGCUUGCUUCACCGUGUUCGGCGUCCUUGGCGUCCCGGCACACAACCUACUGGGCCCAUGGACCACCGUCCUGCUCGGCGCGCUCGCUUACCCGCUCUAUGACUCCUCCUUCCUGUACUACAACCACCGCCCGGCCUCCAUUGCCUUCCCCGUCGCCACGGGGACCGUCCUCGGCGCUGGCGCUGGCCUCCUUUGGGCUACCCAGGGCGCCAUCAUAACCACCUACCCGUCCCCGAACCGCCACGGCACCUACAUCUCCCUCUUCCUCUGCCUCUACAACCUCGGCAGUGUAUUCGGUGGACUCUUCCCCUUGUCGUUCAACUACCACCGUGGUGGCAGUGGCAGCGUCAACGACGGCACGACUUCAGGUUGGCUUUGUUCGACAGCUGGAACACCAUUUUUUCCCCCUGUUGCAAGAUCUGUGGUUGAGAGUCGAGACAUGGCUGGCUCCAAGUGGUCCACUACUCCACUGCAAAUCGCUGAUAAUGCAUGCGGAUAUGGAUCGGUGAAGCAAGUGACCUGA